ACAAUCUCUAAAUAAAACAAUCCCUAGUCCCAACCAAAAGAGGCACGUAACAACAUCCAACCAGACUGCAUCUUCAGACCGAUCUCAGUGUCACACUUGUUUCUGUUCGAUCAUCGUACACAUAUAUGCACCAUCACAUAUACAUAGAAAAAAACAUGAUGUCGAUCAUGGGACACAGAUUUUGGGUCUGCACGUUAAUGAUAUUCGUUGCCAUAAUACAAAAGGGUGAUGCGAUAUGGAUGAGUCUGCCUUCUGCGUCCAGUACCAAGUGCGUUACAGAAGAAAUCCAUAAUAACGUCGUCGUUUUGGGGGAUUAUGUUGUCAUUUCGGAUGAUAAUGUUCAUCCCACUCCUACCAUCUCUGCUAAGGUGACAUCGCCUUAUGGGAACACUCUUCACAGCAAUGAGAAUGCGACGCACGGUCAAUUUGCAUUUACUACAAAUGAAGCUGGUCUGUACCUCGCAUGUUUUUGGGUCGAUCACCAUGGAACUGGAGCUGUGAGUAUGAACUUAGACUGGAAAACAGGAAUUGCAGCAAAGGAUUGGGAAUCGGUUGCCAGAAAAGAGAAAAUUGAGGGUGUCGAACUUGAAUUGAGAAAGCUUGAAGGAGCGGUGGAGGCUAUUCAUGAAAAUUUACUCUAUCUCAAAAACAGGGAGGCUGAAAUGAGGAUAGUCAAUGAAGCCACAAAUUCUAGAGUUGCGUUGUACAGUAUGUUAUCACUGGCCGUCUGCGUUGGGGUUUCAGUUUUGCAGAUAAUGCACCUGAAGCGAUUUUUCCAAAAGAAGAAGCUAAUCUAGGUUCAGUUUAUUACAAGUUUAAUAGAUGAUCAAAUCUUAGAAUCAUUUUUAUUUACCAAGGGCAAAAAAACCUAGAAACCAGAACUGAGAAACUUCCUUUUAUUAUAUGCAGUCGGAAAAAUUUGAUCAUUUUGGCCUGCUUUAUCUGUUUGGGACAAGGAGAAAAUUUUGAAACUUACAAUCUUUGAUAGAGAAGUCUGUUAUUAAA